AUGGAACGCUUCGAGGCCUCGGCUGUCUUUCUGAGUUAUUCUCUAAUUAUGUUGGUGUUAAGCAUCAUAAUGGCUAUACUAAGAAAAUAUAUUUUGAAGAAGAAAAAGGAUACUACUGGAUUUGAGGGUUUGGCAAACUCUGGAACAUUGGUUGUGGCUUUUAUUACUCAGUUCACGUGGGUGUCGACGUUUCUCCACAGUAGCGGCUUUGGAUUGAGAUUUGGCAUCUCCGGUCCAGUCUGGUACUCCACCACGGCUAUCUUUCCCUCCGUCCUUUUCGCUGUCCUCUUCACGCAGUUUAGACGGCGGGCACCGGGUGCUAGAACCUUUCUUCAGGUGUCACAUGCCCGGUUUGGGAAGACCGCUCACAUGGUCCUCUGUGGUUUUGCCCUCCUAAACAACUUUUCCAUCCUUGCUCUGGUGAUCUCAAGUACGUCUUAUUGGGGUUUAAACGGGCACUCUUAA